GUCGUUAUGGUCCGACUUUAUUAAACCACUACGUAAGCCAGAGUGCACAAACAGGAGAGGAGGAUAUUGCAGCCUCCUUUCUCAUCGAGAGUGCGCCGGCCGCGCGACGCUCAGAGUGGGCGGACUCUCUCUAAACGAUCUCGAACCAACGGAGAUCAGCGAUCGCCGCUCACGUUCAUCCCUGAGUUCUGAACUGAGGAAAGAAGGAGAUCUCUGAAUGGUUGCUGAUGAACGGUCGUUUCUCCACGCUAUUACCCGGAACCCAGUAAUUGUUGCAGGCGAUACACCCUCAGGGUCCUAGGAACGAUGUGCAACAUUUGCAGCCCUCAUCGUUCCUCGGUCACAAGACACGACGUAAAGGUCAACUGACGACGUCGACACAACCAACAGCAAUACGGCGACAAUACGUCGAUCGGGUCAGACACUGAAGGAAAAAAGAGGGCAACCGUUUGUCAAAGUGUCACAUCGAGUAGAAAAAGCUAGUUCGAGAUAUUGAAAUCAGAGGAGAUGGAUCUGUAGCUCCUACUACAACUACUACUAUCUCGCUAGCUGUUGCUGUUGCUGCUGCUGCUGCUGCUGCUGGUAUAGUCACCGGGCAGUCAGUCGUCUGUGGAGAAAAGGAAACAUGUCCGGGCCGCAUCUCCUCCUCAUACAUAUCGAAUGAGUUCGCUUCUCUGCAGCGGCGGCUGCGGGAACGUCUUGUCUUCAGUAAGCAGAAGAUCUAUAGCGUUCGUCGCGCGUUUUAGGAGAGGUUUCGCUAGUGCGGUGAGGUGCGCGCCGAGUGUCAUCGAAAAAUCGUCGUCAAACCGUAGGAGAUAAACGUCGAACUGACCUGACGACGUUGUGGGAAGUAGACCGAAUGGUAGAUUCAAGUCGAUUGGUGUUUAUCUGAGGGCUGGGCCAUACUGCCGAAUUGAAAGGACCGAAAUGCGGACGCAUCUUCGUCUGUGCCGUUCAGCCCAAAAGUGACGUGAGUUGUAUUAUCUCGUGGACACGCUGGAUUACGUCAGUUGCUGGAAGCAAGACAGCACGCUGUUUACUGAGUGAAGCUUAGCAUGUGCGUAAAGGCAUAAAUUUAUGGCACUGAUGUUGCCAGCUCGGAAGGCCUUUUUCCUGCUAUGGUGCCCAUGACAACUCAGAAGAUGUUUGUUAGAUUAACAAGUGGCACUCACCAUAGAUGCUCCGCUGUGUACCACUACAAAAUGGCAAUGGUGUUGAUCAUGUGGUUGAUCAACGUCGUGGCAAUGAGUUCGCUGGUAGCGACUGCUGAAAUUUCCCCGACGCCACGGUUUAUCCGCAGGAUGAGUCAGUUGAAAGUUGUAGCUAUUGGAGAAACCGUCAGCCUCAAUUGUAGUGCAAAAAGGGCGACGAAUUACACAUGGACCAAAGACGGUGAUUCCGAGUUGACAAGAUAUUUUGGCACGAAGGUAAAUGGCUUCGAGCGAUGCGUUGACUCAGAUUUGACCGCCUUAAUGGUGGCGAACAAGCAGAUACACGUCGAUGGGCCGAUUCUGUCGAUGAAAAAGAUUACCAAGCACGACGAAGGAAAUUACACCUGCUUGGCAUCAAACGAAUUCGGAUCCGUCAGCCACACCUUUGAGGUCGAAGUCAGCGAUCUUUCCAACGCCAGUCCAAUGAUUUAUCCCGGAUAUUUAGCUAACAAGACGGUGUAUACAGGCGAGAAUGCGACUUUCCAAUGCGAUGUGCUAUCAGCACUUACUCCUUAUGUUGUAUGGGUGAAGUUUGAUGACCCUGAAAGCCCAGAUCACACCAUUCUCUCGCGCUCAGGAAAUUUGACUCUGUCAAAUGUGAGCGAGGCACACGAAGGCGAGUACGCGUGUCUUGCAGGAAAUAGCGCAGGUACGACCUUCCAAAAGGUCUAUCUCCGAGUUCUACCAGGCCCAAGACCUGUCCCACUUCCAUUUGAGCAAAAUUACUGGUAUUUCAUUACUUUUUUCGUUGCGGUUUCGUCAGUUGCGAUUUUGCUGUCUCUGCUCGUAUUCAAAUGUUGUAGGAGCAAAAGCAAGAAAAGUGAUAAGAUACCGAUGCAGCUGCUUGGAAAUCAGCAGAUCUACGUUGUAAAGAAACGAAUCACGCUUGAGUAUGUGAAUAAAGGCAUUGACGACUCGUCUUCACUUUCGCCUCAAGUGAAGAUCACGCACCAGCCUACGUAUAUCGCCAUGUCCGAUAAGCAGCAAUCGUUCUCUGAGUACGAUCUGCCGCUCGACCAGAAAUGGGAAUUUCCUAGGGAGCGACUUGUUCUUGGUGAAAUUCUUGGUGAAGGAGCGUUUGGCCAGGUUGUCAAAGGCGAAGCGUACGGAAUACGGCCAGGCGAUAAAACAACUGGGGCAACCGUCGUCGCAGUGAAGAUGCUCAAGGAAGGCCACACCGAUCUUGAUAUGGUGGAUCUCGUGUCGGAAAUGGAAGUACUGAAGACAAUUGGUCAACAUAUCAACAUUAUCAAUUUGCUUGGCUGCUGCACACAAGAUGGACCGCUGUACGUAAUCGUCGAGUACGCGUCACAUGGUAAUCUUCGAGACUAUUUAAGAAAUCAUAGACGGAGCGCUGGUUAUCUUCAGCCGAUUGUUGGAGGUGAAGAGCUUGUGCAGAAAACGCUCACCCUCAAAGAUUUGAGCUCGUUCGCGUAUCAGAUUGCAAGCGGCAUGGAGUACCUUGCCUCGAAGAACUGCAUUCACAGGGAUUUGGCUGCUCGUAACGUUCUCGUCGUUGACGAUGUGAAGUCGAUUUGCAAAAUAGCUGACUUUGGACUCGCUCGUGAUUUGCAUGAUUACGGUUACUACCGUAAAACUACAAAUGGACGACUGCCGGUUAAAUGGAUGGCACCAGAAGCUUUGUUUGACCAGGUGUACACAUCGAUGAGCGACGUAUGGUCAUUUGGUAUUCUGCUCUGGGAAAUUAUGACUCUGGGAGGAACUCCGUAUCCGGCCAUGGCCAGUGUCAACAAUCUCUUCGAUCUCCUAAAGGCUGGCAAGCGCAUGGAACAACCGAAAAAUUGCUCCAAUGAAAUGUACGUGAUUAUGCGGAAGUGUUGGUGUGAUAACCCCUACGAACGGCCCUCGUUCACAACACUCAGGGCUUGGCUGGAUCGUCAGCUAAGCGUCUGCAGUGAAUUGGAUUACGUGGAGCUCGGCAACGGUGUUCCGACGCCUGAUACUCCCCCAACAUCCCAGGAAAUUGAGACAGAAGAUGCGGCAGAAUCGAUGGAGCAGCCGGAAGCUACGCCGUUCAUCGUUGAUAAACUAAUCCUGCGCUCUCAACAGUACCCGACCGCAUUUGAGCAACGCGAAUAUUUUAUGAGGUGUUCAUAAAAUUGCAAAAAAAAAAACGAAAGAAUUAACGGAGCGUUGGUUCACACGUGUAGCUGGCAUAGCUUCAAUCUCAGGCUCAACCGUUACCAGCGGCGCGGAAAUCAUCAAAUGUUUUGUUAACUUCCAGUUAAAGUAGAACGUACAGAAAUGAUACUUACUCGACUGUCGUUUGUUAGAGACAAGUUCACCAUCGAUACGAAAGGCUUUUUCAGUGAGAUGAAUUAGCCAUCUGAAUAGAGCAGUUUGGAAAUUUCCAACUACGAUUUCAAUGGAUUAUUUUCACAGCUUUGCUUAAAGCAAUUUUGUCUAAUCUAAUUAAUUAUGUGAACUAGUACACUGAUAAGUAUCCAAGUUACUUUCUAGGGAAACUGAAGAGCCAUGAAGCCAGUUUCACCUUACGAUCGUUUCAGACACGUUCGCUUACCAUGCCAGUGUUGGUCUCUUUCCUAUCUUGUCAUCUGAAUCUGAGAUCCGAUUACGUCUGAGCAGCUUUAUUUAAACAGGUGUCUUUUGCACCCUAGGUAAGUAUGAAGAGUUUUCAAACGCGUAAAUUUAAUUAAGCGUAAGCUGGGAUAAUAGGCUAACAGCAUAACGAGGCCAGACUGCGCCAGCAAUAAUUGGGUGCUAGACAAAUAAACCGCCGUAGGAACUUCAUGCGAUUUGCCAUACACACGCUCUCGUUGUCUGCAAAGGGAAUACUUUUUAAAAAAAGGGCGGACAAUGAAAUGAAUCUUUAAUAGCGACGCUUGAGGUCGCUUUGAUAUCUAAACUGUGUUUUUUUUUUGUGUAAAAUAAUGUACAUAAUCGAGCGCAGAAUCAAACAUAGUAGAAUAGAAAACCUAAUUUAUACAGUUAUGUACAUAUUGUAAUAUCAUACUAUCUGUGAAGUUUACUAAUAUUCGGUAAAGUUUUAAAAUCAUUAAUAAUCAACCAUUGUGUUUACUGCUUGUUGUAUUGUCGGCUUCAAUUGGACAACAGCGGAGGCAAAAUAAUAUGCCGGAUCUACUGAUAUAUAGACCACGAGGAAGCAUAGGCGCUUUGCGCCAAAUACUAUUCAUCUCUUGCCAUUUUAUCUUAACUUAUUACCGCUAGAUAAACCUCUAUAAUGUUAUCAAUACUGUGUUCUAUUUAUUCGCUGCUACGGGAUUAUAGUUGUUCCUUAACUACGAAACCCAAAUUAGGUUCAAAUGGAAUCUUUCUCCCAGUGUUUCAUUCAAAUGUAUGCGCAUAUUUACUCCGUUUGCCAAGAGGACAGUAUAAGCCACCAGGUUCGCAACCUUAAGCCGGCAAAAAACACAAUUUUGUCCGAACAUUUUUUUUUUAUGGUAAUAACCGUUUGUGCACAGGCUGGUAGAAUAUAGGAAAGGCCACUUUGUAGCCCCAAUAUCACGACGUGACAACACGUUCAUACGGCGAUCGUUGAAAAGUGGAUACUCCUAAUCCUGUCACAUUACUUAGCGUUGGCUUCCUUCCAUAAAUUAAACGUCUCAACGAACUAAGCUAGUAAAACGUAAUGCACAGAAGAGCUCAAAGCUUCUAAGCUAGGCUGGGGCGCUAUUUUAAUAAAGCAACCAUGUGUGCCAUAGGAUAGGACAGUACAUAGAAAUAGAUGAAACAAAAAAGGCUCCACUUUUUUAUUUUAUCUCGUUCUCUGAUUUCUUUAAGCGAGCAAUAAGAGAACUAUCAAUUAAGCAGGUGAGCUAAACGAUCUUCAACGCGGAACUAUCAGCGUGCAGUGGUGCGGCAGCUGAAUGCGCACGGUUACCGUUGCAUUAGUAGGGCUCGAAGGCCACGAUGAACUAAGAGUACGAAAAAUGUUGUUACAAUAUAGAUAAUAUUGAGUGAAGGAAGGCUGUCUUAUUUAUUGUCGGAUCGGACAAACGACAAGGACCCUGUCGUUCGUUGUCCUAACCUGUAUAUAUAACUGUAGUACAUCUUUAAUGUUAUGUUAUUAUAAGUAGCAAACAAUCAUAUAAAUAAUGAUCGACGUCAUGAAGUGGUUUUGUAUAAUUAUAUGAUGAUUAUUACUGUUAUAAUCAUCUUUGCGUUUUAAUAAAGUAGAAUUUAUAUCAAACUAUA